GCGUCUCAUGUAAUAUAGUAUUUGCACGCACUUGUGUAGCGUGGAGCGAGACGAGUCCGUGUAAGAGAGAGCACCGCGCUGCUGCUGCCCGCUUGUCACCGCCCUGCGCAACACAUAUGGAGGAGUUAUUAACUUUUGAGGAUCUCGCUGGUCUGGAUUUUCCUAUCGAUUUUCCAGAAAUCAGCUAUGACUCGCCGUCACCGUCGUCUCAGUCGUCUGAUUGCUUGUCACUAGAUUCACCAGCCAUCUCACCAGUGAACUCUCCAAGUUCGUCCCAUUCGUCUGCUCUUAGCAGCGACAACUCGCCAAGCUCCAGCCCAAAACCAUCCAGGCAUCGCACACGUUGCCGAACACCACACUGUUUGAAAAAAGAGCAUGCUUCUAUAUUACGAAGAAACGAGAGGGAGAGGAACAGAGUCAAGCUCGUCAGCGAUGGAUUUGCCACCUUACGCAAGCACAUCCCAACCACGCCAGCUAACAAGAAGCUCUCCAAAGUGGAAACGCUCCGCACUGCCAUUGAGUACAUAAAACAUUUGCAGCGCGUGCUGAAUGAGAGUAAAUGGCACGAGAGGCAAUCGCGCUUCUUACGACAAGUUGGGUGGAUUCAAGAUGCAUAUGACUUACAGGCCCUAUCCAGAGGAAACGUUGCCACUGCUCAACAGUUGAGCUCCUACCUCCUAAGCCUUCCAGAGAUCGCUCCAUACCCAACAAGCGAGGGGUCCUUUGUUAACAACUCUGUGAGUUUGUCCAACGUAUAUGGACAUGUUAACUAAUUCAGAUUUACUCUGACUCAAUCAAGUAAAGAUACCGUUCAUUACAAUGGAAUGACAAAGUGUAAGCUAAGUUAUUUGGCGUAUUUUUAUCUUACUGUAUCUCGGAAGUUGCAUUUAGUUAUCUUCUUUUUAGCGUACAAAUUCCACUCGUGUAGUCUUUUUCAGGGAAAAGUUUAAUAAGCUUGGCUUUGAUGUACAUAGAAUUAGAUCUAUCAUGAUAAAUAGGGCAGCAUUGUUUUCGGACAACGUGAUUCUUUUUCUAGGUGAAAAUAGCAACGAGGGUUUUAUAUAUCCAGCAGAGCUGAUGUAUUUUUCUUCCCAAUUGGAGGUAAAUAGCGUAAACAAUUUUGAACCGAUUGGUGUUCUUAUAAUUUCGUAGUAUAGAGACUUUCGAAUUCGCUGUUCUUUUUGCAGCGGUAUUUUCUCCUUAACGGAAAAUUGUAUAUAGGAUGUCUCGUAAGCGAGGAUGUUGUAUUGGUUGCAUGUUUCCUAGUUAAUAACACACAAUACAGAGCUCUGUAGAUUAGUUUAUUCCAGUAUAACGAGGAAAGUUUCGAAAUGAAAGGAAUUUUUGGCUGCUUUACGCAGCCAUUUGACAUUUCCAUCAAAUGGAAAAGAUUUGAGUGUGAUGAUUUAUUGUUUUUUUAAGACGUCUUUGAUAACUUUUUUUUCGUCUUAAAGAAAUCCUUUAUGUUUGGUAGCCCAGCAGUUAUUAGAGGCGCUUAGGUAGCUGGCCUUGAGCCAAGGUGAAAUAUGCAUAUUCUGAAUACACAAAUUAACCAGGUUAUAAACUUCUAUUAUCUCUAAAGAGAAGACUAACAAUAUACCCCAAGAAAGCGGUAAAAGAAUUUGGCUUUCAAGGCACCAGAAUUUGCACCUUUCAUCUUAGUCGCGGCAGAAAUGUCGACAUUGCUAAUCAAGUAAUUAAUUGAACUCCAAUGAGUUUAAAGGAUUUCCUUCGCUCCCGUUGUAGAAACUUUUUUGUUUUUGUAAUGGGUGACAUGCUUGCAAGGUCAAGCGAAUAGAAGUAACAACUUCGGCUUUAUGAAGGAUUGAAGUAAGGACAGAGUCCAUACGUUAUAUAUGUAACGCGCAGAACAAUAUUGAGUUUGUAGUUGAUUCUACUGAGAAACUCGCGAAUAUCAUAGCUUAUACAAAUAUAUUCCACAAUGUAUAAAUACGCAGGCACUCAAGAAAAUUUGUGGCUUAAAUCGUGCUAGGUUGAGUUGCUGCUGUUAAGACUUGCUUCCAAAGGGAAAAAAACACAGGAAUGAUGUUGAAGCUCUUUUGUUUUAAGAAGAUAUUGUCGAGUUCCUAUAAUAAGUUCUAAUUUGAGACUACUUGUUUAAUGGAACCUAGAUUUGAACAGGUUUGGACUCCUUAGCUGACACCUAGAGCGAAAUUUGUUCGGCAUAAGCCAACAAACUAUUAAUCCAAUAAUGUCUGGGAACAGACUAAUUCAGUACUAGUGCUGUGCACCGUAUGAGUAGUUUGUAGAGAAAUAAGAAGAUGACCACUUGCGUAUCUAGUGGACAUGAAAAAAUAGAAUAUGUCAGUAUAUACCUUAUCAUGCAAUUUGUUAAAGAGAAAUUAAAGUUGCACGAUUUAUUUUUCUAUA